UUUGAAAACAUUUCUCUUACGUAUUUUAAAAAAUAAUCUCAAAAAUAUGUGUUGAAUCAACGAUGAGCGAAACAAAGGAUGUUGUUAGCCAGGCCGAGGGGCAGCAAGUGCCACCAGAGAUAACAUAUACGAUUUUCAGCGACGAAUCCGAACUGAAGGCCAUACAGCAUCUGAUUGACAAGGAGCUCUCCGAGCCGUAUUCGAUCUAUACGUAUCGCUACUUCGUCUACAAUUGGCCGGAGCUGUGCAUCUUUGCCCGUCACGGUGAACGCUACGUGGGCGUCAUUGUUUGCAAGCUGGAAUCCCUGGGCUGUGCUCUGCAGGGCUAUAUUGCCAUGCUUUCGGUGGAUCCCGCAUAUCGUCUGCAAAAGAUUGGCACAUCUCUCGUCGAGCAGGCCGUCGAGGCGAUGCUGCUGGCCAAUGCCGAUGAGAUCGUGCUCGAAACGGAGCUGACCAACAAGGCGGCGCUGCGUCUCUACGAGAGCCUGGGCUUCAUACGCGAGAAGCGUCUGCUGCGCUACUAUAUGAACGGGGUGGAUGCACUGCGUCUCAAACUGUUCCUGCCCUGGCGUCAGACCUGACCAGCUGCCUGCCAAAUUAUUGUGUGUUCUUUCAUUCCCAUUUCUUAUUUACAAUUUCAUUUUUGUUGCAUUAUAU